AUGGGCGAGCUUCAGAAGCAAAUCAACGACAGGGACGGGUCCCCGGAGCCCUUUGAUGUCCUGACUACCCCGUUCACGAGGGACAUCAUGGAUGAACCCCUCCCCGCGAACUUUCGAUUCCCCGCCAUCCAAGCAUACUCGGGGACGACCGACCCGCGUGAGCACCUGAACUGGUACAUGGCUGCCAUGCUGAUGACUAGGGCCAGCGACGCUAUCAUGUGCCGGGGUUUCCUAUCGACCCUAGACGGCCACGCUCAGGAUUGGUGUGGGUCCCUGCCAGAGGGGUCCAUCUCGACCUUCGCCGUCCUCACCAGGCGUUUCAUGUCAUACUUCGCUGGCCACAUACGGAAAAAGAAGCAGUUCGCCGACCUAUGUUUUUUGAAACAGAGGGGUUCGGAGUCCUUGGCCGACUUCCUCAACAAGUGGAAGAAGGAGUCGAUAGGGAUCUCCAAUUUCGACGACAAGGCGGCAAUACCCAUCUUCAGAAGCAACCUUAGAUCCGGCCCCUUCCAUCAGGACCUCAUCCGAUACCCCCCCAAGACCUACACCGAGUUGAUGGACCGCGCAUCUAGGUUCGCGGACGCGGAGGUAGCCGAGAAGAGAAAGAAGGAAGAGGAGGAGGGGAAGGAUCGUAAAGGCAAUGAGCCUCGAGAAGAGCGCCAGGCACUAAGGCCGCCCCGGCGCGAGGCUCCUCAGGAAGACCGUCGGGCACCCAGGCCUCCCCGCCGUGAGUAUGCCGAGGGGCCCAGGUUGACCCCCACGCGUUUUCUCACCCCACUGACGCAGCCCGUCAGCACAAUCUUGGAGCAUGCAGAAGGCCAGGGGAUCGUGGAAUACCCGGGAGAGUGCAUGAAGAUAUCCCCAAAGGUAGACCACAACAAGUACUGCAAAUUCCAUCGGCAGUCAGGGCAUGACACGGACGAGUGCAUCCUCCUCAAACGGUAG